CCAGUUCGCCACCAGGGGGUCGAGCUCUAGCGGGAGGGAGCGGCCGCCGCCAUGAGCCACAAGAGCCCGCCGCUGCCGCCGGACCCCCGCGAGGACGGGUACGACUACCGGCUCGACGUCUCCAUCGGAGAUAAGAAGGACGACCGCUUCUGGGGUGAGGAGAUCGUCAAACCAAGCCGGAAACUAUCUUUCGAGCGCGACAUCCGGGUGCAGGAGUUCGAGAAGGAGCGCAGCUCGAGCGAGGUGCGCAAGCUGGUGCGCUCGCCCGAUACGAAGGCGCGCGCCGCCGAACCAUCACUCGACAGCAGUGGUUCGGUAUCGCAAAAGAGUCGGAGAAGCCGCCACAGAAAGAGGCACAAGCGAAAGUCCAGAAGGAAGAGGAAAAAGAAGAAGAAGAAGAGGCGCAGCAGGGAUGACGACAGCACAACGGCGACAACCGGGGAGACGACACAGUCCAGAAAGGAUCAGUCCUCGGGUGCUUCGCUGUCACAGUUACUGCCUUCAGCCGUAGCCAACUUCUUCACAGUGGAUCCGGCAGCGAGCCCGCCUAUGGACGAGAGAGCCAUGGAUGCAGCUGCCAUCGGCGAACCUGCGGGUGUCAUGCAGCCGACAGAUGUUACCACCGCAGAGACGUUGCCGCCAAAGAGGAAGCGGAAAAAACACCGCCGGUCCUCGCGCGAAGGGGACGCGGCCACUUUCUGGCCGCCGGCCAGCGGCGGUGAAGCGAUGGCGACGGGUUCCCCCGACUCGUCUACCCAGCAGUGGACACCUGACACAGCAGACCGGCAAGGAGACCACAGACAGCAGCGGUACCCUGUACAAGCAGCGUACGACCAACAAGCACGUGACACUGCUGCCUACACAGCCGCUCUGCAGCAGUACCAGCACGCGCAGAACCUGCAACGGUGGGAAGUCGAACAUUUGAAUCGCCUUUACCAACAAACGCAGCAAGUGCACAGUCAGCUGGAUGUGGCUAGACAGCAAGCUCAAGGUGCUCACGGCACACCUGCACAAUUCAACGCUGCUGACUUGGAGAAAAGACGGGAGGCUCGCGAGAGGUGUCACGAACUGGAAAAAGCGUACGAAAUGGAGCAAGCUGCGCAGAUAAGAAAGAUUCAAGAAUCUGCUGAUGAUCAGAAAACACAAGAGGCUCGCGAGAGGUGUCACCAAAUGGAGAGAGCGUACGAAAUAGAGCAAGCUGCGCAGCUAAGAAAGAUGAAAGAAAUUGAUAACCAGAAAGCACGAGAUGCUCGCGAGAGAUGUCACGAGAUGGAGCGAGCUUACGAAAUGGAGCAAGCUGCGCAGCUAAAAAAGAUGAGAGAAGCCGUUGAUGAGCAGAAAGCGCGAGAGGCUCGCGAGAGGUGUCACGAGAUGGAGAGAGCGUACGAAAUGGAGCAAGCUGCGCAGCUAAAAAAGAUGAAAGAAGCCGCUGAUGAGCAGAAAGCGCGAGAGGCUCGCGAGAGGUGUCACGAGAUGGAGAGAGCGUACGAAAUGGAGCAAGCUGCGCAGCUAAAAAAGUUGAGAGAAGCCCCUGAUGAGCAGAAAGCGCGAGAGGCUCGCGAGAGGUGUCAUGAGAUGGAGAGAGCGUACGAAAUGGAGCAAGCUGCGCAGCUAAAAAAGAUGAGAGAAGCCACUGAUGAGCAGAAAGCGCGAGAGGCUCGCGAGAGGUGUCACGAGAUGGAGAGAGCGUACGAAAUGGAGCAGGCUGUGCAGCUAAGAAAAAUUCGGGAAGAACAGAAAGAAGAGCGGCGAAGAAGACGAGAGGCCCGCGCAAGAUGUCACGAAAUGGAGAAAGCAUACGAACUGGAACAAGCAGCACAGUUGAAGAUGCUACGAGAACAAAGGCAAGAAGCAGAUAAUUUCCGGCGAGAGGAAGAUUUGGAACGCGAAAGGUACCAAAGAGCCCAGCAAAUGGAGAAGGCAUACGAACAAGAGCAACAUGGAACGCUAGAAAUGUUGCGGAAGAAGCAUCAAGACGAGGCAAUUCAACAGCAAUACCAAAAGGAACAAGAAGCUGAGCGCCAGAGGUACCAAAGAGCGCAGCAGAUGGAGAAGGCGUACGAAAGGGAACAGAAAGCCCAUUUGUGGGGAACGAUGCAGCAGAAACAGCCGGCACAGCCACUUAGUCAAAAAGAAGAAGAAGAGGAACGUCAGAGGUACCAAAGAGCGCAGCAGAUGGAGAAGGCGUAUGAAAGGGAACAGAAAGCCCAUUUGUGGGGAACGAUGCAGCAGAAACAGCCGGCACAGCCACUUAGUCAAAAAGAAGAAGAGGAGGAACGCCAGAGGUACCAAAGAGCGCAGCAGAUGGAGAAAGCAUACGAAAAGGAACAGAAGGCCCAUUUGUGGGGAAUGACGCAGCAAAAACAGCCAGCACAACCACAAGAGGUGGAGCUCCACACGCACCAAAGAGCGGAACAGUUAGACAAGGGGGAAGAACAAAAGGCUCAGGUGGGUCCAGUGGCGCGGGAAGAUCAGCCAGUACAACAGCCGUACCAACAAGAACAAGCAGAACACUUACGAUGCCAGACCGCUGUACAGCUUCAGAAAGAAGAGAGGGCUAGAUCUGAUCCAAUUUCGCGGGACUCACUCAGUCACCAGACAGACCAACAAAGGCAGGACUAUCAGAAAGGCUUGGAAACAAUGCAGGAACACGUGGCAAGAAAGGAGGUGGUACAACAAUUGCAACAAUUUGAGAAAAUGUGUGAAGCAAUGCAUGAGCAGUCAGCGAAGAUGCCUGAACUAGAUUUGAAAAGUCAACAGAAAGCAGAGGUGUUCGCCGUUGAGCGCAAACCAACCUUGACAUUAUUUACCCCUCCCGGAUUCGGACCUGUCGGUUCGCACCUCAAGAUAAAAACAAAGAUAAAAAUAGACACUGCGCCGCUGAGCCCGGAAAAUGUGGAAUCUGUUGAAGAAACAGUUAUUCUUGACGACUACCUCAAUGGAAACGAGGCUGGCGCAUUCGGCCAAGAGAGCUUCGAAGGACAUCAGAGGGGACUCACGACAGCUCCACCCGUCGUCACCAUCGUCGAAAAACCCACCAUUCAUGAAGUUGAAGCUACAGAAGAAGCAGUGGUAUCCAACGUCACGCUGAUCAUCAAUCCAGCACCAUCAAACAUUACUCAAGUAAUCGAGCAACCGAUAAUAGAACAGCCGAAAAGCGAAGUCUUGAAUCUCCUUGCGACUGCGCUCGGUAUCGGUGCUGACAACUUCCAUCAGGACGAGAUCACGGGACAGGAGGCGUCGUCGACGAACACGUUGUUAUUUGGCGAAGUGGACACCCUGUAUGAGGACACGUCCACUAUGCCUGCGCCAUCCAAGUACACCGAAGCACCAGGGCCUCAAACAGUAGUUGAAAUAGUCCAGGACUGUUUCCAAGUCAUGGAUGACGUAAUUAAAACCGAAGUAUGCUCAACACAGGCUACAUACACCGACGUACAAGGAGCUGAAACUGUAGUGAGAAUGGUCAACGACUGCUUUCAAGUAAUGGACAAUGUAGUUCAAAGCGAGCCAUGCACGCCCCCUAAGAUAAAUACAAUGCGUAAGAGAUCGGCCUCACCCAGGCUCUCUACAGCUGAGACAAACUCGAGAUCUUCUGCAAAAUCUGCCCGUCACAGAUUGGUAAGCGAGAAUAAAAGGUCUCGAGGCGCCAGGAGGCCCUCGAGAUCUCGAAAGCCCACAUCCGCCGGUUCUGUGCCUUCAGGGAAGUCUCGAAUGUCAAAUUUUGAUUCCUCAGAACCAUGGACCAAGAGGGGCUCGCAACUGUCCGAAGACUCUGACUCACGGCGCCUUCCUUCAUUUCCAGGUCUCAACGCAAGAGUUGAAGUAGCUGUCAACAGGCCUGAUUUUAUCGGCUUAGUCAACAGGCCGGACGUCGUUCGCCUGCGUUCUACCUGUCUGUUACUAGAGUCAGUAACGGGACUUGUUCAAGACACCGUGAACAAAGAUUUCGCCAGUGCGAAAGCUAACAUUCUAAGCGCAGGCGACCCGCUCAGGACAACUGUUGCUGCGUAUGUCGUGGAAGAUGACGACGCAAAGAAAAAGAAAAGGCGUAAGAAAAAAAAGAAACGCUCCAAGAAGAAAAAACGAAAAAAGAAAAAGAAGUCUAAGAAGAAAAAGAAGAAGAAAAGGUCAAAAAAGAAGAAGAAAAAGAAAAAGAAGAAGAAAACGAAAAAGAAGUCGAAGAAGAAGAAGAAGUCGAAGAAAAAGAAGUCCAAAAAGAAGAAAACGAAAAAGAAGAAAAAGAGUGACGAGAGCAGUACAUCACCAUCGUCGACAUCUAGUCCGUCGUCCUCAAUCGAAAAAGUCGGCGACGGAAAGACUCCGUCUCCUACAACCUCCAAAGCUACAACAGGCACUGCAAAACCCAUGGCUAGAGUUAGUGUGACGGCGUCUUCAAGAAGUUCUAAAUCGACACAGACAGACGACCUGUUGAGAGGUUCAAGACAACGCAUACAGCGAGAGGCUUACCUUCCACCGGCAGGCGAAGGGCGGCGACGCCGUAGACGCCGAAGCAGGACAUAUUCCGACACAUCAGACAGCAGCGUCGUCUCGCAGAAGUACCGCAUUGUCACCCAUGUGGUUCUCGGCGAUGGCAGCUCGGCAGCCCGCCUGAGCGGCAGCGGUUCAGAGAGGGUCUACCAGCUACCGAAGCCACGGAGCAAGUCCAAGUCUCGUUCGAAGUCCAGGCAGCGGAUGGCGGCCCAGCAGCAUUUGGCAUCUCCCUCACCGCUCGAAACACGUGGCAGGGUCCAGCGCACGUCUUCCCAGUGCUCCAACUGCGACGGCACCACCACUCCACCCAUGGUGGUCCAACGGCCCAUCAUCAUCGAGGCACCGACCAUUCCAUCGCCGCCGCCUCCUAAGCGAGACGAGAGGCUGGGCGACGACGAUCGGCACGACCGACGACAGCGACGGAGACGCCAUCACCGCUCCUCGGGCUCCCGGUCGUCGCGAAGCCGGCGAAGCUCGUCGGAUAGCACGUCAACCGAGCCACGCCGUCGCCGCCGCCACCGCCGCCGACGUCACCGCCGAUCGCACGAAGGGCGACCACGCCGCUACUACGUGGAUGACCCCGAGAUCCCAGGCAGGCCCGGUCGGCCCAUGUACGCAAGCCCUCCGCCUUACUACUAUGGCGAGCCCAUGGGUGGACCGGCUCCCUACAUGCGGCGCCGGGCGCGGUCCUUCGAGCGUGUCCCGCCACGUUUCCCACGCUACGUGGCAGGCUACGGGCCGCCGGUUAUGCCCGACAUGCCGCCCGUGCCAUUCGAGUCGAGCGCUGAAGCUGUUCCGCCGAUGUCCAUGAUGAUCACUAACAACAUGAUGCAGCCAUCGCCAAUGGCGACACCACAAUCACCGCUUGCUUCGCGACCACUUCCUCUGCCAGCACUACCUCCACCGCCGCUUCCGGCUCCACCGCUAAUGCCUCAAACGAUGCCCAGUCCGGUGAUUUUAUCGGCACCGAUGCAGCAACCUUCGUUCACAUUUCCUCAGAUCGCCCCGCCAUCAGAACCUCCGCUGCCGACCAAGCAGCGCUCACUCACUGUCGAAAUCCAGACGCCGCCCGCUAGUCCUCCAGUGCCUACCUCGUAUACGGCUUCAGCGCCCUUGCUCACCUACCAGAACAACCGGUACGGCAGCAACUCGAGCAGCAGCGACAGCUGGAAGCAGGGAUACACUGUUAGCCAGCAGCCGACAAGCUUUUCUUCCACCAUUUCGACGUCUUCGUUUAGCGGAGCGGCACCGCAGGCGUAUGGCGGCAAGGUUGCUGAGAACCCCUGGAUGGCACCGUACAAUUACAUGCGGCGCAACUUCGACCAAGGCAACCUGGUGCUCAGCAUCAUUUUCAUUUUGGGCAUAGCAGCCUGUGUAAUAGCACUUAUCGGACAGUAUGGCCGCUAUCGGGAAAGUCGCGACACCAUAGAGGAAGAGGAAGAAGGUGCCGUUAUGCACGGCCCGUGGCUCUUUAAUUUAUCAGGCGUCGCCUCGACGCUGCUCAUGCGCGGAUACAAGUUCUGCCACGCACCGGACUGCAAACGCGAAGCCGACAGGCUGGCUAGUGUGCUCGCCUCUGGUCCCUGUGAUAGCUUCUACGACUACGUUUGCUCGCGCCGCUGGGCGUCUAAGCGCAGGCCGGUGGACGCUAUGACCGCGGAUGACGUCGCCGUGCAGGACAUCCAGGACAGCGUAUGGAGAAACAUCAAGAGUGACAGCAAGCAGCCGCUCGCAGCGGUCAUGUGGAGGAGCUGCCUGGACGUCGGUAGUUUGGGCGCCGCUCCUUUCCUUGAGUUCUUCAAUGCAUCCGGGCUAGCGGGCUGGCCGUUCCACGAGGCGCCGUUGGACGUGGACACGUUGCACGUUGCUGGUCGUUUGGUCCGCCUGCUCCGCUUGGCCACGCUGCUAAGCUUGCGCGUCGAGCGCGGCUCCGGGCCAAAGGUCACCAUUGUGCUUGGCCACGCAGCCCCACCCCUGGACCUCCGCGACUUCCGAAACAACGCUAGUAUAACUACUUUCGUGAAGAGAGUGGAAAGAACAAUGAGGUUCCUCACGUCGGACGUAAAUGACACUACGACGAGAGCAGUUGAAGUGGUAAACUUUUGCCUACGGCUGGUGAACCUCAACGCUGCCACGAACAGCAGCGCGUCCAAACUUGGCACGAACUUUUCAAGUUUUCUUGACGCUGCAGUGGGUGACCUCAUCGAUUUGACAAGAAAGGACAUUCAUAUCAACGUAGAAUCGCCCAAAUACGGAAACGAACUGAGCCAGCUGUUGAGUGCUGUAUCGCCCCGCGCGGCGCUCAACUAUUUGGGCUUUUACACAGUGGACCAUUUGUGGUCUUUCUCACCUGGAGGCGCGAGAGAAGAAGUCACAUCCGGUCACCGCGAGCGAAGGUGUCUUCAGAUGACAGAAAGGGCUGUUCCGUCUCAAAUUCUCGAAAUUGGCUUUCAGGUAUACAAAAACCGCCUCAAUUGGACGGACCUGCACAGACGGACAAACGAGACGAAGAAGCAUAUAAAAGACGGCGUCCGGUCUUUGUCUUGGAUGGACCACAGUAUGAAGGUUAAAGUCAUCGAGAGAAUCGAUGCGACAAGCGUCGAGCUGUUCUUCCCGGGGCACAUGCUGAAGACCAGCCCAAUGGCGGCACCCCCGCCGCAGCGGAGUGCAUUCGAGCUGUACCAGCGUGCCGUCGAAGAUAGCUUUGCCGCGUCUGUUCUCAGCGGCACGGCGGCUGGUGAGAGCCUGUUCUCGCACCGCUCUGAGCUUGGCUCCGAUGGUGUGCUGCGUGUUCCUCUUGCGGCAGUGGCGACAGCAAGCACCGGCCCGUCGCCGUCACCUUACGUGGCCCUGCUACGUUCCACGCGGCUCAACGUGCGUUUAGCUAAGGCGCUGCUGCAGGUAGCGCUGGCCGACGACAUCUGGACGGCGGCAGCUCGCGGUCGGUACCGGGUGGUGCAGUCGUGCUUCCUGUCCCGGUUCCCAGCACUACGCGACCCGCUAGAAGAGGGCCGGCUCGUACCCAAGCCGGCCGCCGUGGCGCGCGACGACGUGCUCGAGCACGUGGCCGUCGCGCUGGCGCACGUCGAGUUCCGGCGCGGCGUACAGCUUCUGCGCCACAACAUGACCGACUACCGGCUGGCCGACGCCCAGGCAUGGUCAUCCGAGCAGCUGUUCUUCGUCUCGUACGCUGAGUCGGAAUGUCAGGCAUACGACGACGAGUGGGCCUUCCGACGCUUCCUGGCGCGCAACGAGAGUCCUGCAAGGCAGCGCGUCGACAUGGCGCUGGCGCACGACCCCACAUUCCACAGGGCGUUCCACUGCCACCGCGGGUUUGCCAUGCGGCCACGCCACAGCUGCAGCUUUUGGUGACACAGCACCUUUGCGUGGUGCUCAUGAAUAAAUGAUACUCUUCU